UCCUAAAUCCAGUAGCUCAAACGGAACGAUACCGACAUCAUAUGAAACCAUUUCUAAGAGCAGGGAAAUGUUUUUUUUUGUUUUUGUUUUUUCAGAUGAAGACAUAACCCGAGACCUGGCAUACGACACACAACUCCAGCAUUCGCAUCUGAUUCCAGGGAUGACAUCUGGCCAGUGAUGCAGUGGGCUGAAUGCAUGCAGCAUCAUUUGUCAUAGAGGCAGUGCUGAAAGGGACAGCUCGAGAUUUUGGGGCUCAAUAAAUCCGGCCUGUUAUUUGUAUUUAUUUAUUUAUAUUUUACUGGGUCCAUGCCGUUGUUCGGUGUUCACACUCGUAACAAGAGAUACACAUAUUGGAAUUAUAAAUAAGAGGAAACAGACGCAACACGUUGUUGGCUGGUCAUCAGGAGCUGAAGGUGUCAUUCAGUCUUCAUUCAUGGGAUGACGUCUCAGAGUGUUUCCUGUCACAUCGCCCCCUGCCCCAUCUCCUGUGUCCCUCUCAUCUGUCCAUCUGUGGGGUCCUGACGCCACAGGGGCUCAUGAGACGCUUUGUGUACUGUAAGGUGGUGCUGACCACCUCUUUGGUCUGGGUGCUAGUGGACGUCUUCCUGCUGCUGUACUUCAGUGAGUGCAACAAAUGCGACAACAAGAAGGACCACUCACUCCUGCCUGCGCUCAGAGCGGUGAUGUCCCGCACCCAUGAGGCACCAGGUGAAAUGGGGAAGGCUGUGGUAAUUCCCAAAGAAGAGCAGGAGAAGAUGAAAGAGCUCUUUAAAAUCAAUCAGUUCAACCUUAUGGCCAGUGACAUGAUUGCACUCAACAGGAGUCUGCCAGAUGUUCGGCUGGACGGCUGUAAAACCAAGACGUACCCCGAUGACCUUCCAAACACCAGCAUUGUGAUCGUGUUUCAUAAUGAAGCAUGGAGUACACUUUUGAGAACCAUACACAGUGCCAUAAACCGCUCGCCCAGACACCUGCUGCUUGAGAUACUGCUAGUGGAUGAUGCCAGCGAGAGAGAUUUUCUUAAGAAACCAUUAGAGGACCAUGUUGCGACUCUGGAGGUUCCGGUGCGAAUUUUAAGGAUGGAGCAGCGAUCAGGUUUGAUUCGAGCACGACUAAGAGGGGCAGCCGCCACGCGAGGACAGGUCAUCACCUUCCUGGAUGCCCACUGUGAGUGCACUGUAGGGUGGCUGGAGCCACUGCUGGCCCGGAUCAAAGAGGACAGGAGGGCUGUGGUCUGUCCAAUCAUUGAUGUCAUCAGUGAUGAGACAUUCGAGUACAUGGCCGGCUCAGAUAUGACCUAUGGGGGAUUCAACUGGAAGCUCAACUUCAGAUGGUAUCCAGUUCCUCAGAGAGAGAUGGACCGACGCAAGGGGGACAGAACCCUUCCUGUUAGAACUCCCACAAUGGCAGGAGGUCUGUUCUCUAUUGACAGAACAUAUUUUGAAGAGAUUGGCACAUAUGAUUCAGGCAUGGACAUAUGGGGAGGAGAAAAUCUUGAGAUGUCUUUUAGGAUCUGGCAGUGUGGAGGAUCUCUAGAGAUAGUCACAUGUUCUCAUGUAGGCCAUGUGUUCCGGAAGGCCACACCAUACAGCUUCCCUGGUGGAACUGGUCAGGUGAUCAACAAGAACAACAGACGAUUGGCUGAAGUCUGGAUGGAUGAGUUCAAAGAUUUCUUCUACAUCAUCUCACCAGGUGUGGUUCGGGUGGAUUAUGGCGACGUUUCUUUGCGGAAGGCUUUGAGAGAAUCACUGAAGUGUAAACCCUUCUCAUGGUACCUGGAGAACAUUUACCCCGACUCUCAGAUUCCACGCAGAUACUACUCACUUGGGGAGAUCAGAAAUGUUGAGACAAAUCAGUGUGUGGAUAACAUGGGCCGUAAAGAGAAUGAAAAGGUUGGCUUCUUCAACUGCCAUGGAAUGGGUGGCAACCAGGUGUUUUCAUAUACGGCCGACAAAGAGAUUCGAACCGAUGACCUGUGUCUGGAUGCAUCGCGGCUUAAUGGACCUGUUGUUAUGCUGAAGUGCCACCACAUGAAAGGAAACCAGAUGUUUGAGUACGAUGCAGAGCGGCUGACUCUGCUCCAUGUGAACAGUAACCAGUGUCUGGACAUGCCUUCUGAAGAGGAUAAGAUGGUUCCCACUCUCAGAGACUGCAGCGGCAGGCGAUCACAGCAGUGGAUCUUGAGGAACAUGACGCUAAGUGUCUGACAGAGCCGGCAACAACCAGUUCAGACCUGAAUCUCGUCACACACCACACACCAUGAGACCUGGAGUCAUUUUUAUGGCCUUCUUCACAGCUCUGUGAACUGUCAUUUUCUGGUUCAUAAUCAAGUUCAGCCAGGCUUUGAUCAGAAGAACCACACACAGCCCAUUUGCUGACCCAUUUGUGACCAGGCUUGUGUCUCUGUUUGUGUCUGGACUGCUUCCUUUAGCUCUCAGAUUCUCUGGUCUGGGGUCAAAUCACAGCCCAUGACCAGCUCUUGGCAAGGUUUAAACGCUUGCUGUCUCCGAUCUGAUCAUGUGUCACUGGCUAUCUAUGCUGCUCAUCCUGUGUGGGAGUUCUGGUGCCUCUUAAUAUCUUACACAUCAUAUCUUUGACAGUAGCCCUUAUGUUUCUUUGGAGAUGGAGUGAUUGUGUCAGCUUCCACUGUGCUGAAGUGCAUUUCACUCUGAGCAGAAGUUUAACUCUGUUCCGCUUUCCUUUCAGCACCUGAAGGGGUUUUGUGUUGGCCAGCGGAUUGUAUGCCAACUGUAUUACUUGCUGCUGCUUCUCAAAACUAACUUGAUCUCUUUCAUUAAGGCUGCAAUAUGUACUUAACCUGCCUUAAAGGGAUAUUUGUCCUAAAAUGAAAAUUCUGUCAUCAUUUACUCUCUCCAAGUUCAAACCUGUCGUUUCUUUCUUCUGUUGAAUACAAAACUGGUACAUUGUAGGUAACUGCGAUUGUUGCAUUCUUUUGAAUUUACUAAACUUGUUUCUUUUAGUUUAACUUAAAUUUUAACUGGAAUCAGGCUAAGGAUUUAUAUUUCCCAUCAUGCUUUGCCAUGGCUCUCGAAAAGAAGAGU